AUUACUAGUACUAGUAGUAUUAGCAUUUCAGGCUCAUGCUGGCAGAACUACAAAACUAACUUGAGUCGAGAGACAACUGGACCAGCGCCGGCAUGCGGACUAGACUACGUAGCUGAUGAUGAGAUGGGCCAAUGCCGGGCAAGAUGUCGAUGAGCAGCGCGGUUGAAGUGAGCGACUUACAAUUUUUUGCAGAUCAUGAUGCCGGCAGGCGCUAGGCCCGUGGUGAAGUCACAGUGUCUGUUGCCAGAGCUAGAGGCAGUGUUGGCCGUGGUCAUUCAUGGUGACUUUGCAGUGUGCUGUGAACAGGUGAGGUCUGGAGAACAGGACUCAGGAGUAGACGUCUAGUGCGUGCUUGCGCCACUACCAAGCCCAAGGAUCGUGAAAAGGCGACCGACUGCUGGAGAACACCCACUGACCCAGUGUAUUUGAUGUUCCGGUCGAGAUCUUCCCCUGGAUCAGUGGAUGGAUGGUAAGCACGCAAGUAGUAUGUUAGCUACAUGACCGUCCCACUAAAGACUAUGGGAGUAUGGUAGAGCUGCAGGUGGCUGCACUCUGCAACUAUGGACAUGACACUGUCUGUACACACAGUCCUGCUGAUCUGCAGAGCCAAGGCGGAGGUCAGGAAAAGUCUGCUCAUGGAUGGUAGCUAGGACUAGCAGAAUCUUGUGGUCUUUCCGUUAGUGGAUAUCGAUGAGAGCUGGCUUUCGAACCUGACAGUGGUUGAAGUAUCGAAGGACAGUAGAUGGUCCCAAUGGCAUUGGAACCACCUCGUUCAACAACGUCCCAGAUCAACCGUCACAAUAAUUGCUAGUGAAGUACGGUUGGUGGAGCUCAUUGAGAGGCUGUGGACAGCCAUCACAAAUCCAGUCAGAGCCGAACUGGUCAAUCUGGUCGUAUUUGUGCUGCAGGGCAAAGCUGUACCGCUUCUUGCCAUGGUCAUUUCUGUUAGUGGUGGGCAGUACAUGUACUUGGAAUAGUUGCAAGUCACUGUGCGCUAACACGAACAGUGGAUUCACUAGUGUACACCCAACGAAGCUGUGCUGACCCAGGAUCUAUAACCAAGCUAACGUUGCCGUCUCGCUGGUAUUGUCACAGCUGCUUUGUAUAAUGGAAGGUGUGCAUGGCAGUGAUGGUGGUGGUGGUGGUGAUGGCGGUGGAGAGGGGCCAACACCGGCACGGAUAACAUGUCGGGCUCAACAGAAUGGCCUGGACGUGCAAGGAGAGAGAGCUUUCGUGGUGCUGGGAACUCGGCCAACAAGUGACCACCAUCAAUCUAUCAUAGGCAGCUAUAGCCAGAAAGAGCGGCCCAGUAUGACGUUGAAGAGUGACGGAGGUGCAGCUGUCAUCAGUGGCCAUGGUAUUUUCGUGUGGCAACCACACCUCACCAACAAUCUACCCGAGUACCAAGAGACUGAAAGCCGCAUGGGUACAAAGCAUGGUAAGGAUGCCACGGACUACCAGGAGACUCAUAUGCCGCGUGAUCCCUGCGAUUCAUCAAUACAUCGCCAAGAAAGCUCCGGCUCAGAUGAAGAUCCAAAACUGAGGAUUGCUCCAGAUAACGAUAUGGGCAUGUCAGGAGUUCCCUUUGUUGACAGCAAGUCGCGUGCAUCUCGGGGAGAGGUGACGUACGAGACUAGUUGCAGUGGAAUCGUCGUGCAUGGCUCGGGUAUGAUGGUAGUCCAUGGUGGAAAUGAGCAAGAUCUUGACUUGCUGGACAAAAUACCAAUAGCCUCGGAUGAGUACGUGGACAGUGUGAAACACGACAUGAACUUCAACACAAGGAAGUGCAACAUCUGUGUCUGCGGCCGCCAGUGUAAGAUCUUUAUUGGUGGCCAAUCUGACAAUGGAAGCAAGAUUGCGGAUUCGAAAGCAGAUUCUCCAGUGAAGCGACGCUGCACUCAGUGCUGCAAGUCACUGCCUACCUGUGUAAGUGUUGAGGAGAGUGUUGACAGUCUCGGCCUGCACUCCCGUGACAUAUUCUCUACUCCCUCUUCACCAGUAAAGACGUCUCCUGGAGGCGUUACAAACUGUGACUGGUGUCAAUGUCAGCAAAGGUAUGCCGGUGAUACCAAGCAUAGCACAGCACGGCGCCGCACAAGCUUUGACAGUGGUGAUCGCUACAGUGCGGCGUCUCCAGAGUAUGUUGAUAUCAACAGCAUGCCGGUACAUAAGCUGUCGUUCAGUGCACGCCUGAAACUGGCUGAGCUGCUCAAUAUCGAGCAGAUCAACGGACACGACUGGCGAUUGCUAGCUGAUUCGUUUGGAUAUAGUUACACCUACAUCCGGGGUCUGGAGCGGAAAGAGUCACCAACGCUUGCUCUUCUGGAUGCCUUGCAAGGCAAGGGCAUCAAUGUUGGUCAGCUAUUGGAUGUUUUGGCAAAGCUGGAUCGUAAAGAUGUUGUCAUCGAGCUCACUGAGAUGUUGGAAGACAGCCAGUUUUAGGUAUUUUGUGUUUCUUUUUUUUUCUGCCAACGAACACAAAGCUAAGCACAUGUGUGACUGGUGUGACUUGCAUGCCCGAGAAGAUAGUUAAGGCUGGCCUACGGCCCUUGGACUAACCUGCCGGGGGCUGACAAGCCAAAUGCCCCCCCCCCCCCCACCACGCACCAACCUAUAAUUAGGAUACACUAUCAUGUCAUAAAAUGCGUUGAACCGAAAAUCACUGAACUCCAGUUCAUACCCAUGAUGGCUCUGGCCCACAAUAAUGCUCUGACUGUAGCCCGGGUACGUUGUUGACUGUAGUCACCGGGUACAUUUAGGACCUCACUUCUACCUAAAUACACACUGAUCAAAAUUCCCCAUUCAAAUGUGUAUACUUCAUGCAAGCCAACUUCAUCUUGUGCAGCUGUAUUCACGUAUCUCUCAUUUCUGAUUGUCCAAACAUCCCGUUGCCGUGUUGGCAACAUAGCCAUGGACGGUGGUGCACGAACAUGACGACCUGGGCUCAUUUUCUUUACUUUGUGUGUCAGUGAAGCAUCUGCAGAGUGAACUGCAGCGUGACUGCGGAGUAAAUAAAAGAGCAUUCUACAGGGCAA